UUUUACCCCCUGUUCAAACUGGUAUAGGUUGCCUUGGGUGCACUCGCCUUGCACCCGAAUAUCCUUCGCCGUAUCGAUCCAACGAAAAAACGGCAUAAGAAGGUGCUGGUUCUGCGUUCAGUUCAGUUACAGUUCUCUCUCGGUUCGGAUGUUAUUUUUUCUGUUGCCGCAGUGGCUUGUCUAAUAUAUAUAUUGAAAAGUCUUCUUAACCUUUCCUUAAACUGCUCAUCAUUUUACCUCGUGUUGUCGAGUUAAGCGUUCCAAUUCCUGUUCCAAAUGAGAUUGAUAAAGAUAUACCUUCGAUACUAUCCACCAGGCAUUGCGCUGAACUACCAGAAGAAAGGUAUCGAAGGGACCAAAAUGAUAGAUCUGUUUGAUCUUACACCAAGCUGUGAUCUCCAAGUGCUAACGAAGCAAAUUGCCUCCACCGAACCACUCAUUACGCAAGAAGUGUUCCCCCAGGUGACGGAAAUAUUGGAAAAGUUGCAGAAAAAGCUCAAAGAACCGGUCAAGACCAAGUUUUACCUGUUCAAAACGCUGCAAACGCACAUCCUGCCACUGACGAAUGUGUGCUUCGACAAAUCGGGCAAAAAAUGCAUUACCGGAUCUUACGACCGUACCUGUCGCAUCUGGAACGUGGAAAGCGGUGACGAAGAGAAGGUCCUUAAAGGGCAUGAAAAUGUCGUCUUCUCUGUAGCCUACAACUAUCCCCGAUGCGACCGGAUACUUACAGGGUCAUUUGACAAAACUGCCAAGAUAUGGAACCCCGUCUCGGGCAACUGUAUCAACACACUCUGGGGUCAUACGGCCGAAAUUGUGGGCGCAGAGUUCAAUCCCCACCAGUGUGAGCUGGUAGCAACGUGCAGCAUGGACAAUACGGCCCGCGUGUUUCACUCGGAAACGGGCCAGGAGAUACAUCUGUUUGCGGAUCAUUCGGCGGAAGUUAUCUCGGCCCGGUUCAACAAGGAGGGUAGCCUGCUGCUCACCGCCUCGUUCGACGAAACGGCCACCGUGUGGGAUAUGCGAGCGAAGGAGCACGCCAUCGUUAUCCGUGGACAUGAGGCCGAACUAAGUAACGCUGUCUGGAACUUCCAGUGCAAUCUGAUCGCUACCAGCUCCCUUGACCGGACGGCCAAGAUAUGGGAUCUGCGUCGGUUGGAUGAACCACAAGCCACGGCCACCCACAAGGAUGAGGUGCUGGACGUUGCGUUCAACUGUACCGGCACACGGUUAGCGACGGGCAGUGCCGACUGUACCGCCAAGGUGUGGGAUGUUACGGGCAAUUUCGAGCUCGUUACGAUCAUGGCCGGCCAUUCGGACGAAGUGUCUAAGGUGACGUUCAGCCCACCGGGUGGACUGCUGCUGACGGCAUCGGCCGACAAAACGGCCCGCAUUUGGAAUUCGGGCACCGGUACCUGCACCCAGACACUGUCCGGGCACGAUGGGGAAGUGUUUUCCUGCUCGUUCAACUACUCCGGCGACGCCAUCAUUACCGCGUCGAAGGACAACACGUGUAAGAUAUGGAGAUGAUACGACUGGUUCUCCGGGCAGGCCUUUAAAGUAUGUAACUGUAUGAACGUUAUUUCCAAUUUCAAGCAUCUCAAACUCUAGCCUCUCGCCAUUAGCCUCCCCUUGUUUUAUUUAGCGCUCUUUUCCAUAACCAUAGGUACCAUAGACUUAGUAGGAUUGUGACCUUCAUGAUCUUCCCCAUCUUAAAACGUUCCUUAUUAGUACAUCUUCAGAUCUGUUCGCGCCCAGUGAAUAGAUUCCAUCGUUUGCUCAACCUUUAGUAGCCCCUUAGUAACACCCCUUAGUAACUCGCGUAGUAACAAAUGAAUGCCAUCGCUAUACAACAGCAUCAAAGUAACCCAAAACUUCCUUUAAAGAUCAAGUGAUCUUCAUUUGAUCUCCCAAUCGUUGUAUCCCAUCGUAUCACAAAUCUGAUUGGUGCAUUAGUGCUAGAGUGGAGCUCCCGUAGCAAUGGAAUGACAAGAAGGAAUGAAAAUAACUGCCACAACAUUAGAGACAUCCAACUGCCAUAAAGGAACGUGUGUCAAGUAGUAGUGCUAUUAUAGUCCAAGUGCCUAUACACAUCUAGCUCAUCUAGGUGCUAAUUGUGAUGUAAUGCUGCAAUAAAAAACAACAACAACAUAACACUAACAUUUUUGCUCAUCUUUCGUAGAACUUUACCUACAUUUUAUCUUAUUCAUUAUUCAUUUCUACUACUAUUCCUACCCUUCGUACAUCGUACUGUCGUACCUUUUUUCAUUUGCUGCAUGUUGCUUAUUUCCUUUUCGCUCUACUCUACCUCUGCUUGUUCUUUUCCUUCACUAAUUAUUACUACUGCUACUACUUCUGCCACUACUACUUCGGGUUCGGUUGCAUUAAGGGUCAGCCUAAGAAGCAGCGGCAGAGGUACAGUGUGGCAUAUAGCAACCGGGAGGCCGAACACUGGACCAAGUUUUUGCUGCGCAGCUGAACGCUUGAUGCUCGCGGCGAGCGGAUAAUAUUAAAAAGGGUGGAAUUUACGCGAAAGGGAAUUCCGUGCCCCUUACGUGAACCGUAUUAUGGCAUAUGAAUUAUUACAUUGAUUAUUUGCUAAACUGUAACCGAUUUUGCAUUUACUGGAUGGUAGAUAUAGCAUCAAGCUAUUGCUAUCGAGAACUUAGUUUUUUGCUGUUAAAAUAAUAAAUUUAACCUAAAAACAGGAUAAUGCAAAUAAUUAGAAACGACAAAUGUUCGCGUGUAGCUUGCACCAAACCCCAGAGUAAUUGUGUGGAUGAUUUGAGUCCACUUGCCAUGAUAUUGAAAGUAAUAAUUCAGUUUUUCUAAAAGCUUCUUGACUAAGGGAAUUCUCAAUCGGCGUUCAAAGUUGUGUAAAUAUGUCUUGCAAAUUAUGAGGAUCUUCUUCUACUACGAUGUGACAAAUAAGUAAUUGAGUUUUAACAACUGAUUGGCUUCGUUCCAUUGAGUCCAUAUUAUUCAAGUUCAAGUGUUAGUUAUUUUACAAUUAUGUCUUUAAAAUUUUUAAAACCAAUAACUUAUUAUUAGAAGAAUUUUAUUGCACAAUUGUGCCGCUAAACGAACAGCUGUUUUCGAAUGUUUUGUGCAAUGUUAACUUAACACAAAAUGGGUUGAAAGAGUAUCAAAGCAAUUAUUUAUAAAUAUUGCACAUAAAAUCAGAAUCAGUUUUAAAUUAAUGAAUUAGACCAAAAAUUGUAGAAAUAAUGCGUGAUGGUCAAUAAAUAAUCGGAGUAGAGCACAAACAUGAUUUUCCAAAAUUUGUUUUCAUUACACAAUACAUUCGAAACAGAUGCCAAUGCCAAAAAGUUGACGGCAUUGAAGAUAGUUGCUUGUAGCAUACACCAUUUUCUCUUAACUUAAUCAUAUGAUUUUCUAUCCUCUUCUCAUGAUUUUUUUCUUUAUUAAGAGGAACGCCAUUGCAACCCCAAAAAGCAGACCACCAUCAAUCGCACUCAGUCGUCAGCCAAGAUUUAUUAAAACAUUCCUCGUACUAUUCCAUCCAUUUAUCCAUUUCCUCCCCACUGCGGAAUCACAGGUCGACGUGGUACAAUUCAUACAGCCAAUAUACGCAAAACCGUCUCACGUCGGGAAAGGCAAUGAAAAGCAUUAGUAAAAAUCAAAAAAUAAAGACCAAAGCAAAACAAGCAAACUGCCACCAUACACAAGACACCACCACCACACAUGCCAUAUAUGCCAUAUACUCUGCGUCAAUGAAUCGCAAUUCGCUCGAAAUGAACAAUUUCACACCGGAAUGUGAGUAUAAUGCCAUAAUUUAAUUCCGUCUAUCGCCAUUGAUCACUUAAUCACGAUCAUACACAAAAGCAUAAAAAGUAUAAAAAAGCAUACAAAACAACAACAAGAACCGAAAGGGAAACCGCACCAAGGCAUUUGCGCGUACAUUGCAGUACGUUCCUUGCAAUAAAAUGCAUUAAAACGUGAACGCCACGGUUGAACUUAGCCACAACUCAUGUCAUACCCAUCCGUAAGCAUUGCCACCUCCUCCCAAAACUAAAUCUUCCUAUCAAAAAGCCCCAUUUUACCGCAACAUAACAAUCGCUUGCAGUAACGCGUAUCUUUGCAUUUUGAUCACCUAUUCUCUAUAUUGGCGCACCACCAGAGGAGUUUGUUGAUUUCCCUUUUUUUCACUCGGUUUCGACACGUUUGCCACACUGUGGAACACAAUGUGGAACACGAAUGUUGCAAGUCGAACUUAGUUGAUGAUUUAAUAUGCUUGCUCUUUGGCACUUCACCAUCACGAUCAUACCACUAUUAGUCACAUGGCGGGACAACGUGCAACGAGCGCGCACAACGGGAACGCAAGACCGUUGCGCACACGCGAAAGCAAUCAAGAGGAAAGCAUUUGUAAUCGCACUCUACAACUCUUUGCAGAUACUACUGCGUCAAAAGUGUAUUAAAAUACUGGACUAGCCUUCGGAGUGGCCCAGGAGAUGGGUGUGAACACGUUUCCCUGGGCAUACAGUGGGAGAGCAUACAUCGUCGUAUCGUCGCUCGUGUCUUUCCGUUUUUGAUUUUUUUGUAAAGAGUCAUUGAAGGUAAGGAUUAGUGACUUGUUUUCUAGUGUUUCGAGUUACAAUCAUAGCGUUGAAUCAUAGGAUCGAAUUUGAACUUACGAGUUAAUAGAGCAAGGCACAGCUGUUAGAGUACCGUUUUAAAGAGUGUUAUGUUUUUAUUUAAUUGUUAUAGUCUAAAAAUGCAACAGAUAAGCGUACAGUGAUAGUAUUUAAAUAGAAUGGAUAACGUAUUAGAAUAGGAUUAGUAGGUAACCGUUUACCGAUUGCGAUUUUCUUCCAUCAUAUUUAUAAAGAAGAAAGCUUUUUAAAAGUUGAAACGUUAGAUGCAGACAUAGACGAAUAAAGCCCCAUUUUAGGAACGCGUGUCUUUUGAGCCUCUUUUUCAUCCAUUGCCCCAACCGUGCUACCGUUUAGUCACACGUUUCCGAAAACUAAAUCCCUAAUCAGGGGCAAACCGGCAUACAUCUGCAUACACCGGCAUUGACGAGGUGCGCUCGAACCCAACCCCACUUCGAGCCAAAGCAUCGAACCAAAGCUAAACCCCUUUUGAUCUUGUCGUUCGACCGAUCUCGCUCCCCCCCCCCCCCCCCCCACCCCUCUCUCUCUCUCCCUCUCUUUAUCUGCCGAAUGGCCAUAGAAAGUUUGUUUGUUUAAACGUUCUUUAAAUUGAUUCUUUCGUCGAUAAGAAGAGGCGGCAUCAUCUUCCGUAUCCGCAUGUACCAAACCACCCACCCAAUUGCCAUCUAAGCCUUUGCUGUUUGCUGAAGAAGCAGCAUCCGCUCAGUGGUAGGUUGAAAUCCUUCCUUGAAGACACACACACCCACACACGCAGGCAGGCUUCCCAAUCCCCAUCAUAUCGAAACUGCUGCUGCUGCUGCUGCUGCUGCCAAGCAAAUAAACAAUCCAUGUUUGAUUUCGUUCCUUACGGGGCUUCUUCUCGCACUUUUAUGUGUGUGUGUAUUUGGUCGAGAAAACGCCGGAAAGCCCGAAGACGAUAAGCAGCAGCAUCCCGUAGCCGCCGUCCUCUGUACCGUGUUUUUGGCGUCAGCUCAAGUGUUAACGAAACAUCUGUACGGAAACUCACGACUCACUUCACACACCGACACUCACACACAGACAGGACGUAUGUGUCUUUGCAGCGUGCCCAGGGAUAACGAGAAGAAGGAUCAUCGGAAUGUCUGGGGGAAGACUAAGAAACUCGGUUAGGUGUCUUUUCCCAGGAGCUUUGCUUCGUGCAGGAGGAGGGGGGCAGUGCUGAUAAUACACAGCUGUGGGGAAAUAAGAAUAAGAUUCGAGAUCACACUAGUAGCUUGUUAGGUACAGUUUCGUUUGCUAAUAUUUGGUAAAGCGAUGCGAAUAAAAUUAAUGUUCUAUCUGCCGAAAAGUCUUUCCAAAAAGCAGAGGGUACAAAGUUGAAAUAAUA